AUAUUUAAUGCAGUUUUAGAUAAAGAAUUAAAUAUUAAAGUGAUUUAAAUAUUUUAAUUAAACGAGCGCUGUAAUUUCACUAUCAUGUGAUCAAACUGUAGUCGUUUAGCGUUUUCUUAUAUACUGCUAUUCCUUUGAUACAGGCACAUGGAGAUUUAAUAAAUGCAACAUGUGGUAAGUUGGAAGCGUGGCAUUUCUCGUAAAAUGGGGCUGCAUUAAUAUCUUAAUGUUUGUGUAGAGUGUGGCAUCGCCGGGCACAACCGGCGCAUCGUCGGGGGCACCACAGUCCAGCCGCACGCCUACCCCUGGCUCGUGUCGCUCAUGCUGGGGCCCAAGCUGCACUGCGGCGGAGCGAUUAUCACUGACACCCACAUCCUCACCGCGGGACAUUGCAUUACUUUCGGCGUCCAUUACCGUGACUUAACCGUGUACGUGGGCAUGCACGACCGCCUGGACACGUCAUACGUCACGAUGCACGUUGAAAACGGCAUCAAGCACCCCCAUUUCACAUCCAACGCAGUCCGGGACAUCAAUGAUAUAGCCGUACUCACCCUCGACAAGAGCUUAAAGUUUUCAGAGAAAGUUCGUCCAAUAUGUUUGCCGGACGAAAGUAUGGACUUCAGAAAUUUGCAACUGACAGUGGCUGGAUGGGGAAAAACAAGGCAAGGUGCUUUGACGUCGUCAAGAUACUUGCUUGAAACAAAAGUUGAAAUUGUAGACAGCGACAAAUGCAAGAAAUCUGCGAUAUACAGAGACAAUCUGGUCAGUGACACGAUGAUGUGUGCCUACAGCCUGGGAAAAGAUGCUUGCCAGGGUGACAGUGGAGGUCCACUGUUUUCUACUCAUCGACGAUCGUACAAUAAGAAAUGGUAUCAAGUUGGUAUCGUGUCCUGGGGUAUUGAUUGCGCUAUGCCAGAUUAUCCAGAAUGCGGCAAGCCAGCGGAUACUGUGGUCUCUCUCAGGAUAGUAGGAGGAAGACGAGCUGAACCUCAUUCGUUCCCGUGGACGGUAGCCAUCUUGAAAAAUGAUCGUAUGCACUGCGGGGGCGCUAUGAUCACCAAUAAGCAUGUUCUUAGCGCCGGACAUUGUUUUAAAUGGGACAACUUCAAAGUUAUGGAAGUUCUCAUAGGAUUGGACAAUAUGGAUGAUUUGAAGAAUGUUGAAAAACGUAAUAUAUCGAAUGUUGUUAUACACGAAGCGUUUACUUCGACUGCGGUUCGAGAUGAAAAUGAUAUUGCCAUUGCAACACUCAAUGUACCGGUCCAAUUUAGUGAUACUAUUGUGCCAAUAUGUUUGCCGGAACCCGGCGAAGAUUUUACAAAUAGAGUAGGAACUAUAGUUGGAUGGGGGCGUGUUGGAGUAGAGAAAUCUUCUUCAAAGGUUCUGUUGAAGGCUAGUCUGCGGAUCUUGUCAGAUCCAGACUGUAUGAACUCGCAACUCGCUCAGCAUUUAAAACCGACAAUGAUGUGCGCUUUCUCCAAAGGAAAGGACGGCUGUCAGGGCGACAGUGGUGGACCGUUAUUAGUUUUCCAACCGGAGGGAAAAUAUGUUCAAGCAGGUGUUGUGUCUUGGGGCAUCGGGUGUGCGGAUCCCAGGUAUCCUGGAGUAUACACGAAAGUUAGCAACUACAUCGACUGGAUUGCGCAACACUCGGCGGAUGGAAUCAGAUGCAAUUAAAUGUUUUAGU